AACAGCCCCACUGAGAUGCAUGCAAACCUGGAAGUUGUGAACGGAGUUCAAAAGCUGCUGCAGGACUGCAGCCAUUCACAGGAAGCCGGACCAGCAAUGGCUCUGCUGAAGGUUCUGCUGCUGCUACUGGGGCUGGGUGUUGCAGUGAGCUCAGUGUCUCUGCAGAAGAGAGUCAUCGGAGGUCAGAACUGUAGAGACGAUGAGCGACAGUAUCAUGUGACCGUCUUUAGACAUAGUUCAACAGCAGCAACAAUCUGUGGAGGAUCUCUGAUCAGUGAUCAGUGGGUUCUGACUGCAGCUCACUGCUGGCAGCACGCUCCAGGAUGGUUUCAUGGGCUACUUGUAGCAGGUCAUCCUAGAAAAGGUCCACAGAAGCCUUUUACAAUCACUCAACGUGAGGUAUAUAAAGACAGCGACGGUCGUGAGCAUGACAUCAUGCUGCUGAGGCUGUCAGCCAAAACAACAGUCCAACCAAUCAAACUGCCCGACUGUCCAGAUACUCUCCCACUCGGCACCAAGGUUCAGAUUGCAGGUUAUCUAGCAAGACAAGAUGCCGCCAAAGGAGGAAGUGCAAAAGAUCCAAAUGAUCUCCAGUGUGCAGAGUUUAAGAUCGCCGAACACGAAACGAUGGAAAAGAUGCUGGCAAAAGACGAGAACUUUAGGUUCAGUUACCAGAAGUGGUACAGCGUGAGAAGCUCUAAGAAGGACUUGACUCGCGACGACUCUGGUGGAGGAUGUGUGUUCAACAACAGGCUCUAUGGCGUUUAUGUCUACACUGGAGAAUCAGAGAAGACACUGGAUGGGCAAAGUGUUUUCCUGGACGUCUGUGCCUACAAGCAGUGGAUAGAGGACACAAUUAAAUAACCAAAAACCUUGGGCUGCUUGAUGUCUGUAUAGUGGCUAAAUGUCCCCAGCAUCAAAAACAAAAAAAAAUCACAAAGUUCAAGUUAAUCUUUUUCAUUUCAAUUUUCAGCUGAUUCCUUUUCUGAUUUACUUGGGAAUUUAAAUUAUUCUGUACAAGUUAAUCUGUGAUAAUGACUUAUUUCUCAAUAGGUAAAGCUGCUGUUUGUAAUAACAAGCAACAAUAUCCACUAUCAGAAAAUAAAUGGCUGUUAUCUGA